UGACGACAACUGUUGCACCGGAAAUGACAUAUAAAGAAAUAAGGCCUUAUGGGAAGGUGGAUUUCCAGCCUUUGUCAGUGACGAAGGAAUUUGACACAUCUACCUUCACUGUGACGUAUACAGCAAAAAUCCAAGGUCCGAAGGAUUCUGUGAGUCCUUUCAAUGGCCAAUUAGAAUAUGUUACAGACAAAAACAACAAUACGAUCCUAAUUGCGCGGCUGGAGAUGUAUGCUUGGGAGAAACAAACCGAAAAUCAACCGCCCAUCGUUCUCUCCUCGGAAUCGUCAUCAUCUACAUUUAUAAUAAGCAUUAAUACCGCCACAACUAAUUCCAAACAGACGUAUUUCCCAGAAACAAGAUGUUCCUAUGGAAUUUCUAGCACCGAUACCGGGAACAUCAUCAGAUACGAUUCUAAGACUUCCUGCGAAAGCGGGUCACGUGGUGUCUAUUCUUACUUCAAAGCUACGUAUAAAGGGUCAAGAAAAGGAUCGAAAUCAAAUAAUGAGAUCAUCGGGGAUGAUGUGCCGAAGGACUUUUUCAAUAAUACAAGCAGUGACGAUGGAAGAACAGCUUCGUGUUUUGUGAAUCCAACGAGGAUGCUGGCGGAUGGCGUGAGGCUUGAUACGUUAAAGUAUGAAUUAUUGACAAUUCCUGAUACCCAAGACCAGGAGCUGGUGGCUUAUACUGUUUGGAGCUUUCAUCUCCUGUAA